AUGUAAUAAUAAUAAACUAAUGAUAUCUCGUAAUGGAAUAACAACAACGAUGAUCUCUAAACCAUUACUGAAUAAGAAGUCGAUGAGUUCAAAACCAGCUAUGUUAGUUUUUAAUAAUAGCAGAGCAAGUAUAAAAAGUAGAAAUCCAUAAAGGUGAACACCACUAAUUGCAGAGGUGAGACCAGAUUAAUACGUAAAGUUAUUGCCAAAAAUAAUUGGAAGGAGGUAUUUAAUGAUGGCGAUGUGUGUUGGCUCGGAUUACCAUUUAAAUACCAAAAUCUUGAAGAAUAUUUCACUUAAUAUGUUAAUCGGUUUGCAGGAAUGGAUUUAUUGGCUCAUAAGACUUAAUCCUCCUUUUAUCUGAAUAAAUUUGCAGAGUACUUUCCAGAAGAAUACGAGUUCUUUCCUAAAACUUACAUUAUACCCGAUGAUAUUGAUAAAUUUUAGUAGGAAUAUAAAAGCACUCGAACUUACAUAGCUAAACCAGAUGCAGGGUCGCAAGGGGAUGGAAUUUAUUUGAUAAAGAAGUUAAAAGACAUCAAAACCAAUGAGAGUAUGGUUAUCUAAUAAUAUAUCUCCAAACCUCUAUUGAUAGAUAAAAAGAAAUUCGAUUUAAGAUUGUAUGUGCUCAUCACAUCUCUUGAUCCCUACUUAUGCUACAUCAACAAAGAAGGAUUGGCUAGAUUUUGCACUGUCGAUUACGAAAAACCAAAUGAUAAGAAUCUCAGGAAUCCUUUUAUGCAUCUAACCAACUAUUCUCUCAAUAAAAGAAAUACCAACUUCUAGGUCUACAAUGGCAAGAAUAUAUUGGAUAUCAAUGAGGGAACCAAAAGAACUUACUCAUCAAUCUAAAAAAACUUAGAAAUCUUAGGAUACAAUAAUUAAGAUGUGGAAGAUCAAAUUGAUAGUUUAGUCGUUGCAUAUCUAAAAAGUCUCCAUCCAUUUCUUGCAUUCAAUCAAAAAUUAGUCUUUCAAAAAAGAGUCGCUGAAGUCAAAUGCUUUUAAGUCUUGGGAUUCGAUAUUUUACUCGAUGAGAAAGGCAAGCCAUGGCUAUUGGAAGUUAAUUCUAAUCCAAGUUUACAAAUUGAACAUGAAGUCUAUGGAGCAAAUGGAAAAUCCGUAUUUGAAGAAUCCUACAUCGACAGUUAUGUUAAAGAGUUAGUUAUGGGAGAUGCGAUAAAAUUGGCGAUGAUUCCUAAAGAAACUUAAGAAGAACUACCAGGAUUUGAGAGUUAUAGGAAAUUAGAAGUGGAUACGACAGAAACUGUAAUCUCGAAGAUGAUGCAAAUUUAUGGUUUCUUGUCUGGAUACAAAUUUCAAGAAUACCUGACUUCUUCUAAAUUCUAGAAAUUGUCGAAUUUUCCAUCAAUGACAUCAUAAACAUUUCUGAAACAUGACUAUGAUUUACUAUAUCGAAAAAUCCUAUUGAAAUCUUACAAUAAUAAUUAAAUGGAUUUCUUUCAAUUUAUUAAUGCAGUUGAAUAGCUGGCUAGUAGAUUAAACUAAGACUUAGAGGAAAUGCUCGAUAGAAUAAUUUAGAACUUUUGA